CGCUCGUUUCUGCCAUGGUGGCAACUUCACCGCUCUCCAAAGCUGAAUGUCUGAAGCGUUACUUGUCUGGGGCAGAUGCCGGCCAGGAAGGAGGUUCAGAGUCCCUUCGGAAGAGGCGCAAAAAAGGACCGAAGACGGGAGGCACCGCUGGCAAGGGAUUGCGGAUUGUUGAUGAUGAUGUGGGCUGGGCAGCUAUCUCUACCACUAAGCUGGAAAGGGAGGAGGAAGAGGAUGGAGAUUUGCCUGUGGUGGCUGAGCUUGUGGAUGAGUGUCCAGAAGAGGUAAAGCAGAUGGAGGCCUGCUCCAGUGCCAAAUGGAAACUCCUGGGAGACCACAGUGGAGGUGGACAUUUCCAUCAUGAUGAACGAGAUCCAUCUUCUCCUAGGAGGGUUCGUCAUGACAGCCCAGAACCAUCUCUUCCCAGGAGGACCUGUCUCUCUCCUCCUCGAAGGAGUCCUCUGAGGCCUCGCUAUAAUGGUCCUGCACCUCCUCCCAAUAGAUUCGCAGAGCACGAAGCUGAUCCAUCUUCUCCUAGGAGGGUUCGUCAUGACAGCCCAGAUCCAUCUCCUCCCAGGAGGGCCCAUCAUGACCCAUAUCCCUUUCCCCCAAGGAGAUUCCGUCAUGACUCAGACACAUCUCCUCCUAGAAGGGUCCGCCAUGACUCAGAUGCUUCUCUCCUCAGGAAGCCUUCAGGUGUAUCUCCUAGGAGAGGCCUUCCUAGUUCCUCGGGUGUCUCUCCACACAGAAGGGUCCAUAACCUACCUAUCACAGCCACACAUAGGAGGACUUUUGACACUUCAGAUACACAGCCUCUCAGGAGGGCCCUGGAUGACUCCCCUGAUUUGGAGCUGCCCAGAAUUAAGAGUAGUAAAGCUGCAUCCUCUAGCAAGACUGUACUCCAGAGGGGGCUGGGACCCUCCCACUCAUCACUCUCCAAGGCCAGUAAGUAUAGGCAGGAAUCCGACCUUCCUGCACGGAUACGGUAACCAAAGUCUCUUGUUGGAGCUAAGAAGAAGCUUGAUCCUCAAGGUGUCUGCCAAAAAGCCUCUGAUUCAGACCUUUGUCCUCCAUGGCAAAAACAAAAUCCAGGACACCAGGAUUCUGACUCAGAUCUGUCACUGCCACGGAAUAGACAGAGGCGCCAGGGCUCUGACUCUGACCUCUCUCCACCCCAGAGAAGACAGAGGACCACAUCUUCUGAUUCUGAUCUCUCUCCUCCUCGAAGAAGUCCCCGUCCCGGGAGGAAGACUUCAGGCAUGUAUUCUGGAGCAAAAACUGGGCUGGUGCCCGAUGUCCAGCGGGAACAGCAGGAACUCCAGAAACAGGACCAAGACACCACGGCCCUUGGAGCUCAGUUUGAAUUCAUUGAAACUGUAUUUCGAGACAAGUCUGGUGGGAAGAGGAAUUUGAAGCUGGAACGUCUGGAGCAGAGGAGAAAAGCAGAGAAGGACUCAGAACGAGAUGAGCUCUAUGCCCAGUGGGGCAAAGGGCUUGCUCAGAGCCGGCAACAGCAGCAGAAUGUAGAGGAUGCCAUGAAGGAGAUGCAGAAGCCUCUGGCCCGCUCUAUCGAUGAUGAAGAUCUGGAUCGGAUGCUGAGAGAACAAGAAAGAGAGGGGGACCCGAUGGCCAACUUCAUUAAGAAGAAUAAGGCUGAGGAGAACAAGCAUAAGAAAGUGAGGCCUCGCUAUAAUGGUCCUGCACCUCCUCCCAAUAGAUUCGGUAUCGGUCCUGGCUACCGCUGGGAUGGAGUGGACAGAUCCAAUGGCUUCGAACAGAAGCGCUUUGCCAGGCUCGCCAGCAAGAAGGCUGUGGAGGAGCUUGCCUACAAGUGGAGUGUGGAGGACAUGUAG